UGAUGUGAUAAUGGAGAGUCCUGUCCUUCCUGUAACAGAGGGAGCUGCGGUGACUCUGCGCUGUAGAAAGAAUAAAACUUCCUUUGAUCUCAAAGCUGAUUUCUAUAGAGAUGGCCUCCUUAUCAGGAGUAACUCUACAGGAGAGAUGACCAUCAACAAUGUUUCUAAGUCUGAUGAAGGAUGCUACAAGUGCAGCAUCUCUGGAGCUGGAGAAUCAGCAGGGAGGUGGCUGUCAGUCAAAGUGGAGAUCCCAAAGUAUAAUGGCUCUGUGACCCAAAGUAAGGACUCAUUGGUACAACUUGCAGACAAAACAGCAUUUUGGAAAGAGAUUCAUUUUUCCCACCAUUACGUCAUCCUGCUUUGGACUGUUGUGACGGUUUUGUUGGCUCUGCAGCUGCUGGUGAUUGGACUACUUUUCUGGAAGAAACAGCUGGUCUUACUAGAGGCCCAGAUGAGUAAUCCACACAAUGACAUUUAUGCUGUCGUCAAAAGAGACAAGAAAAAGAAAGACACUGCAGACGCUGCUGAUAAUUUGAACCUCUGCCUUAACACAAACCACAGCAGCAAACCACAGACAGAAAAGGAUGAAACCCGGCCUCAAUCUUUUGACUCCACUUUCACCACUGAUGACACACCACAAGCUCUCCAAAACGAAUGGAGAGUAUCCAGCAUCACAGCAACAGCAGAUCCAUCAGCAGCGACGGAUCCACCUCUACCAGAUCAGGAUAACAUAUAUUCUACCAUCUAAAAGGUCACUGAAGAGGAUCCACCUGACUGAGGGAGAUAAAAGAGAUACAAGUGUUUACAUUCAGUAUGCUCUAUUUGCAUGAUUGUAUCCAGUUCAAAGUACAAGAUUUUUCCAUCUUGCCACGAUUAUCGUGUAAGAUAUUGUGCAUUUAAUGGCAAGUUAAACAACAAUAAGUGCUAAGAUUUGCCAAAAUUAGUAGGAUUUUCAUCCAAUUAAACACCAGGUCAAAUAUAAUAUUUCUAUUCAUAUCAGCCUGGUUGUUGUCUAUUUGAAAGGGUAAUUGCAAAUUAAACAGCAAUGUAGUAACAUCAUUGUCAGUUUUUAG